UUCCCACAAUAGGCAUUACUCCCCCUAAAAGUUCCCAUCUAUUCAUCACUUUUUCUCACUCAAAAACUCUACUUAAUCUUGCACUUAAUCCGAUCUCUGUCUCCUCCAAUCCAACACUCAAAUCCUCCAUUUUCAAAUCCCUAACUUCUCUCUUCCAAUUAAGGAUUAUAUAUUUGCAAUUUUUCACAGUUACUCCGAUCUCUAUAUUAUCAGUAUACAAUUAUGGCUUCCGCCGGAAAUCCAAACCAGCCCGGCGGAGUACCGUUUGAUAUGCAUAAAUUCUUCAAUCCUUCAACUCCUCCACCGCCAACUUCAACAAACCCUAAUCCCCAAAAUCCCAUUAACCCCACUUUGAUUUCUUCCCCAUUUCCACUUCCUUCAGCUUCUUAUCCUCCGCCCACCGCCGGCGGAGGCGGUGGUGGUAGCGGAGGACUGUACUAUCCAACUCAUACAACAACCCCGUUUCACCAUAUCCCUCAAUUCAAUCCCCAUAUCCCUACACAAUACGCACCUCAACAACAAGAUGGCCAUUUGCAUCCCCAAAGAUCCAUGUCUUUCCCUACACCCCCACUUCAACCACCUACUCCUACUAGUCCUCACCAAUUUUUGAACCCUAACCCUAACCCUAAUCAUGGGGCGAGACUUAUGGCUUUGUUAAGUGCACCACCUUCUUCAACUCUAGAAGUUUCUUCUCAGCAACCCUCCACUUUGCAAAUUAUUCCUCCUUUACAGCCUACAACUUCUGGGUCUGAGCUUUCUGAUUUUUCUGCUUCACCAAAUGUUGGGCCUGGUCCGGUCCGGAUGCAGAGUACUAAGUUGCCUAAAGGGAGGCAUUUGAAUGGGGAGAAUGUUGUUUAUGAUAUAGAUGCUAGGUUGCCUGGUGAAGUGCAGCCUCAGCUGGAGGUUACUCCAAUUACUAAGUAUGGCUCGGAUCCGGGCCUUGUUUUGGGCCGGCAAAUUGCAGUUAACAAAAGCUAUAUAUGUUAUGGACUCAAAUUGGGAGCUAUUCGAGUGCUUAAUAUUAACACUGCCUUGAGAUCAUUGCUUAAAGGUCUUGCACAGAGGGUCACAGACAUGGCUUUCUUUGCUGAAGAUGUUCACCUUUUGGCUAGUGCAAGUGUUGAUGGGCGUGUUUACAUAUGGAAAAUUACUGAAGGACCAGAUGAGGAAGAUAAGCCCCAAAUUACAGGGAAGAUUGUCAUUGCUAUUCAAAUUGUUGGUGAAGGGGAAUCUGUUCAUCCUCGAGUUUGUUGGCAUUGUCACAAACAAGAAAUUCUUGUGGUUGGAAUCGGAAAACAUGUUCUAAAAAUUGAUACCACAAAAUUUGGAAAAGCUGGAGUUUUUUCAGCGGAUGAACCUCUAAGGUGUCCUGUUGACAGGUUGGUUGAUGGGGUACAACUUGUUGGUACUCAUGAUGGAGAAGUAACUGAUUUGUCAAUGUGCCAGUGGAUGACCACUCGAUUGGUAUCUGCUUCUGUGGAUGGCACGGUUAAGAUUUGGGAAGACCGGAAGCCACUACCAAUUGCAGUUCUCAGGCCUCAUGAUGGUAAUCCUGUUAAUUCAGCUACCUUCCUGACUGCUCCACACCGCCCAGACCACAUCAUACUCAUCACUGGGGGUCCACUUAAUCGAGAAAUGAAGAUAUGGGUAUCAGCAAGUGAAGAAGGCUGGUUGCUUCCUAGUGAUGCUGAUUCAUGGCACUGUACACAAACGUUAGAGUUGAAGAGUUCUGAAGCUCGUGCUGAAGAGGCAUUUUUUAACCAAGUUGUACCCUUGUCUCAAGCAGGUCUGCUCUUACUAGCAAAUGCAAAAAAGAAUGCAAUAUAUGCUGUUCAUCUAGAGUAUGACCUGAACCCAAUGGCAACCCAUAUGGAUUACAUAGCUGAAUUUACAGUUACAAUGCCAAUUUUGAGUUUCACUGGGACAAGUGAUUUACUGCCUCAUGGUGAACAGAUUGUUCAAGUGUAUUGUGUGCAGACACAGGCUAUUCAGCAGUAUGCUUUGGACUUAUCCCAAUGCUUGCCACCUCCCAUGGAGAAUGUGGUGGGCUUCGAAAGGACGGAAUCUAGUGUUUCAUGUGACGCUGCUCGUAUUGAAGGAUAUGCUCCUGUUGAUCCCCCUGGCAGUAAACAAAUGGAGUUUCCUUUAACUAGUUCUGCACCCAAAUCUUCAGUGAAUGAGAGUGUCACCAAGAUUGUAGCUACAACAAGACCUCCUAUGACUGAAGCACGCACUGCCUUGGCCACCUCUAUGGAAUUUGCUUCUUCCACCGUGGAAUCUAAAUCAGCUAGUUUGCCCAGUAUAACUACUGAUACUGAUAUUGCCCCCUUUGCAUCACCACCGCCUUUGAGUCCUGAGUUGGCUAGAAAACUUUCUGGUUUCAGAAGCACAUCAAACAGCUCUGAGCAUGCUCCCUCUAUCAAUGACCAUGUUGGGGAUCCUAAAGUGGGUGAAUAUUCAGUUGAUAGGCAAAUGGAUGCCAUUCAUCCAAACUUGUCUGGUCUUACUUCGUCGGAUGGUGACCCAAGGAAUAAUGAUGAUGAAGUGUCACGUGAUGAUGGUUCUUCAGGUGUUGGUAAUCCAAUUAAGUUUAAGCACCCGACUCAUCUGGUGACUCCUUCAGAGAUAUUGAUGGCUAACUCAUCCUCUGAGGUAAACCAUGUUAAUGAGCAGAAAAGUGAGGGAGAAUCGAGUAUCCAGGAUGUUGUAAUCAACAAGGAAGCCCGCAAUGUGGAGGUGGAAGUUAAAGUUGGUGAAACAAGAUUCAAUCAAAAAACUGAUAUUGGCUCUCAAGAAGAACUUCAUACUUUUGUGUCGGAAAACAAAGAGAAAGCCUUUUGCUCUCAGGCAUCUGAUCUUGGAAUAGAAAUGGCUCGAGAAUGUCAUGCCUUAUCGCCUGAAACUUAUAUUGUCGAGGAAUCUAGGCAGUUUGAUGGGGCUUGUGGAACUGAGCGGCUGACCCAACCGUCAACUGCCCCAGAAGAAGAUCAUGACUCGGCCAAGGAGAUCUCUGGAAGUGAUUUAGACUCAAACGUGCAAGUUUCUGUGCAUCAACUUUCAGCUCCUAGCACCAAAGGAAAAAAGCAAAAGGCGAAGAACACUCAAGGAUUUAGACCAUCUUCACCCUCGCCUAGUGCUUUCAACUCAUCUGAAUCCAUCGAGGGUGGUGUCAGCUCAAGUAACACCUCUAUGGAAGCUGCAUUCUCACAAAUUUUGUCCAUGCAUGAGAUGCUAAAUCAGCUUCUUAAUAUGCAAAAAGAAACACAAAAGCAGAUGGGUAUGAUGGUCGCUGUUCCUGUUACCAAAGAAGGAAGAAGACUCGAGGCUGCCUUGGGACGGAGCAUGGAGAAGGCUGUCAAGGCCAAUUCCGAUGUCUUAUGGGCUCGUUUCCAAGAAGAGAGUGCAAAACAAGAGAACUCACUUCGUGAUCGUACUCAACAAAUAACCAAUAUGAUAUCUAACUGCUUUAACAAGGACAUGCCGGGGCUAAUUGAGAAAAUAAUGAAGAAAGAACUGGCAGCUGUUGGACAAGCCGUCACACGCAGUAUUGCCCCUACAGUUGAGAAAGCUGUAUCAACUGCUAUUUCAGAAGCCUUCCAGAAAGGAGUUAGUGACAAGGCAGUGAACCAACUGGAGAGAACAGUUAGCUCCAAACUCGAAGCUUCUGUUGCUAGGCAAAUCCAAGCGCAAUUCCAAACCUCUGGCAAGCAAGCUCUUCAGGAAACUUUGAAAUCUACAUUGGAAGCUUCGGUGAUCCCUGCCUUUGAGAUGUCAUGCAAAGCAAUGUUUGAGCAAGUAGAUUUGACGUUUCAGAAAGGAUUUGCUGAGCACACUGCUGCUGCUCUACAACAAUUUGAGUCCAUGCAUUCACCAUUAGCACUUGCUUUAAGGGAUGCCAUUAAUUCCGCAUCAUCGAUGACUCAAACAUUGAGUGGAGAGUUAGCUGAUGGUCAAAAGAAGUUGCUUACUCUUGCAGUUUCUGGAGCUAAUUCCAAUUCACCAAAUCCACUGAUUAGCCACAUGAGUAAUGGACCAUUACUGCAUGAGAAGCUUGAGGCUCCUGUUGAUCCAACCAAAGAGCUAUCUAGAUUGUUAGCGGAACGCAAGUACGAGGAAGCAUUCACAGCAGCGUUGCAAAGAAGUGAUGUGUCUAUUGUAGCAUGGUUAUGUUCUCAGGUUGAUUUACCAGGUAUUUUGUCGAUGAAUCCUCUCCCUUUGAGUCAAGGAGUACUUAUUUCGCUUCUUCAGCAGUUGGCCUGCGAUGUUAGCAAGGAAACAGCCCGAAAACUGUCCUGGAUGAGGGAUGUGCUAACCGCCAUAAAUCCAACUGAUCCAAUGAUUGCAGUGCACGUGCGGCCUAUCUUUGAGCAAGUAUAUCAGAUACUAAUCCAUCAUCGGAAUCUUCCUACCACAACCCCUGCUGAACUUUCAAGCAUUCGGCUGAUUAUGCAUGUCAUCAACUCGAUGCUGAUGACCUGUAGUAAAUGAUUUCAAGAAUCACGCGAUUAUAUAUGGAGAAUAUUCAAGUUUGUACAAAUCCUAGGAAUAUUCAUGGAGAGGCAAAAAGUACUGUAGAGUUGAAGCCCUCACCUGCCUUUUCAUACCAACUUCUUGUUUUGUUUUUUAUUUCUUUGAGGUAAAAAUCUGUAGUCUGGUCGGUUGGAUUUUUGGGUUGUGACGUAGUAUUCUUUUUGGGGUGGAAGUAUUUUGUAUACGAAUUUUUGUACUUUGUACACUGUUGUCUUUACUGCAAUUUCAGGAAAAAUUAGGAUUAACUCUC